AUGGUUCAACCAGCGCCGUUGGCGGUUCUCCCACUGAGCAAUGUGCUUCGUUCGCUCAUGACGACGACCGUCUCGUCUUCACCCAUCCUCCUUAGCCCCUCACUAGCGAUCAUGUCUGUCUUAGCCAACACCACCAACCCGGUACUCAACCCCGACAGAAACCCCUUUCUCCACUUCCUUCUCAAGAAGACGUUUUACGCUCAGUUCUGCGCCGGCGAGAACGCGCCGCAAGUUCGCCAGACGAUUCAAUCGCUCAAGAAGAUCGGGUUUGGCGGUGUCAUCUUGGGCUAUGCCAGAGAAGUGGUGCUUACCGAGGCACAGACGAAGGAUCUCUCGUCGUGUAGCACUGGGGCCGCCGCGGAGGACUGUGUGCGGAACGAGAUCAACCCGUGGGCCGACGGGACUCUGGAAACGGUGCUCCUCGCCUCACCUGGCGAUUUCGUGGCUCUGAAGUUCACGGGUGCGGGCCGACAGGCUCUCCACGCGCUUUCACAACGCCUCCCGCCCUCGGAAGCUUUGGCAUCCGCCAUUGACACCAUCUGCAAGAUGGCCGUAGCACGUGGGGUCCGUCUGCUCUUCGACGCUGAGCAGCAAGCUCUUCAGCCGGGCAUCGACGACUGGACGCUCGAGUACAUGCGCAAGUACAACACGCCCGACCGCGCCGUCGUCUAUGGGACAUAUCAGGCGUAUCUAAAGGCGACACCCGCGACGGUAAGCCGCCAUCUCGCCGCUGCCCGUGAGGGCGGGUUUGCACUGGGCGUAAAGCUCGUGCGCGGCGCCUACCUGGGUUCUGACCCUCGACACCUCAUCCACGACACCAAGGCCGACACCGACGCGGCAUACGACGGUAUUGCGGCGGCCCUUUUGCGGCGGCAAUGGAACGAACAGCUGAAGCCGCAAAGCGAAGCCGAUGGGAAGACCUUCCCCAACGUGAACGUCGUGCUGGCCUCGCACAACCGGGAAUCAGUGUUCAAGGCACGGGAGAUCCUUUCUUCCGAGGGGAAGACCGACACGGACGUGGUGUUCGCUCAGCUGCAGGGCAUGGCGGAUGAGGUCAGCUGCGAGCUCGUGGCCAGCAAUGGCGCCGACCCGAAGCCCCGUGUCUACAAGUACCUUGUCUGGGGCUCCACGGGCGAAUGCAUGAAGUACUUGCUGCGGCGGGCGCAGGAGAACCGGGAUGCGGUGCAGCGGACACGUGCUGGUCGGGACGCUAUGCGUGCCGAGCUGAUCAGGAGGGUCAAGAGCCUCUUUGGUUUGGAGUAG